AUGACUCUAAACGCUGCUCCAAUGUUUGUUGUGCGUUUUCAGGCUGACCAACUAACAGAAGAGCAGAUUGCUGAGUUCAAGGAAGCCUUCUCUCUGUUUGACAAAGAUGGAGACGGGACCAUCACCACGAAGGAGCUGGGGACGGUCAUGAGGUCAUUGGGGCAAAACCCGACAGAAGCCGAACUCCAAGACAUGAUUAACGAAGUGGACGCUGACGGGAAUGGGACCAUUGACUUCCCUGAGUUCCUGACGAUGAUGGCGAGGAAGAUGAAGGACACAGACGGCGAGGAGGAGAUCAGAGAAGCAUUCCGAGUCUUUGACAAGGACGGCAACGGUUUCAUUAGUGCUGCAGAACUCCGUCACGUGAUGACAAAUCUGGGAGAGAAGUUGACGGAUGAAGAAGUCGAUGAAAUGAUUCGAGAAGCAGACGUGGACGGAGACGGCCAGGUCAACUACGACGAGUUUGUUAAUAUGAUGACCAACAGAUAA